AUGGUGCACACACUCCGGUUUGGCGAGACUCAGGUCCCCGUCCCUGGCUUCGGUGCCAUGGGACUUACCUCCUACAUGGGACACAAUCUUACGUAUGAAGAAGCUGAGCCCGUCCUUUUGAAGGCGGUAGAGCUUGGAUGCACCUUUUGGGAUACCGCUGUUGCUUAUGGAGCGGGUUUGAAUGAGAAGCUACUUGGCGAAUUCAUCAGGAAGCACAACGUUCGAGACAAGAUCUUUGUUGCUUCGAAAUGUGGCUUUGAAGUUCUGGGUGGGCCACCAGGUAUCAACAACUCCCCAUCCCACAUCAGGUCCUACCUUGAAGGUACCAUUGAGAGACUUGGCUUUGCACCCGAUCUCUACUAUUUGCAUCGAAUGGAUCCCAAUACUCCCUUGGUUGAUUCAAUCACGACCUUGGAUGACCUCCGCAAAGCGGGAAAGACCAAGUACAUUGGUCUUUCAGAAUGUUCUGCAACGACACUUCGAAAAGCCAAUUCAAUUGCCAAGAUCGAUGCAGUUCAGUCAGAAUACUCUGCGUUCGAGACUUUGCAUGAAGAAAGUGGUGUCAUUCAGGCAGCCAAGGAAUUGGAUGUAGCAUUCGUCGCAUACAGCCCGCUCGGCCAUGGCUGGCUUGUGGACAACUUUGACUUCAAGUCGCCAGACGAUUUUGCACCUGACGAUUUCCGACGCACCGUACCCAAGUUCCAAGGCGAGAAUUUUUACAAGAACAAGGCAAUCGUGGAUGAAAUCAAGAAAUUAGCGACCAAGAAAGGAUGCACCGUCGCUCAGAUUGCGCUCGCAUGGGUCGCCGCGCAGGGCAUGAUCGCCAUUCCCGGAACGACUCAGGUUGCACGGCUAGAGGAGAAUUGGGCGUCCAGAGACAUUGAUUUCAGCCAAGAGGAAUUGCAGGAAAUGCGCACAAUCGUCGAUUCUGCCAAACCCAUAGGUGAUCGCUUUGACGCGAUACAAGAGUCCUUCAUAGAUCAUUAA